AUGAAAGUGGUAAAGGGAUAUGUUCAGAACCAUACUCGUCCCAAAGGUUGCAUUGCUAAGUGGUAUAUAACUGAAGAUGCUGUAGAGUUUUGCACCGAGAAAUUAUUUGAUAUUAGUACAGUUGGAGUGCCAUCAAGCCAAAAGAUGGGAAUUUCAAACUCAUUAUCAGGUUACACAGUGAGUUUAGUUGAUCAUGACCUAUUGAACCAGACACAUCUAUAUGUCUUGGAGAAUACGGAGGAAGUCCUACCCUAUAUCAAGGAACAUAUGAUCCACAUCAAGACCACUUAUCCAAAAUUUAGAAAGAGAAAAAGUGGCUACAACAUAAGCACAAUAACACUUUCAUUCAAUGGCUAUGCUUUAAGGUAUAUGAUUAAUUUGCAUAUUCAAAGUGAACUUAAUGGGGAAGACAAUAAUGGUGUAUCAGAAAAUUUGAGAUGGCUAGCAGCUGGUCCAAGCAUGGCAGCGUCAUCAUAUAGGAGCUAUCUUAUUAAUGGUGUUAAAUUUAACACCAAGGCACAAGAUGAUGUGCAAACUGUCCAAAGUAGUGGAGUUUAUUUACUUGCACAUACUAUGCAAGUUGCUAGUGCCAAGGAUAAAAACCUUAUUGUCUCCAAUAUGGGUUUUUAUGGUGUCAUUCAAGAAAUUUGGGACCUUAACUACCAAAAUUUUAGAAUCCCAGUCUUCAGGUGUGAUUGGAUAGAUAACACUUUGGGCCUUGUAGUCAACGAACUUGGAUUUACCCUUGUAGAUAUGAGUAAAAUUGGACAUAGGAAUGACCAAUUUGUUAUGGAUUCUCAAAUCAAACAAGUAUUUUUUGUUGACAACCCAAUGCAUCGUGGUUGGUCGGUAGUGUUAUCAAUGCCUAAUAGAGAAUACAAUGAUGUUAUUGACGAUGAUGUGCUAGGUGAUAUUAGAAUUGAGUGUGAGUCAUUUACUAGAGGGAAACCCAAUGUUGACACAUUUGAUGGCCUAGUGGGUGAGUUUGGGAGUGAAAAUAUUAGAGAUGGGUGUGAAGAUAUAUGA